AGKACCUUAAAGAUMAUCUAGUACAGUUUCAGAUAAUUUUUCACUUUAUCAUGCAGGUCUGUGGAUUUUUGUUUGUUUGUUUUCAUAAACAUUGCAGCAACUGUUGUGAUUGGAGAUGUUGUCAGUUUGGUGGGUGGUUUUCUUUAAAAAAAUGCCGUGAAGGGGCCUACAGCUUUGUGUAAAUGAACUUUCUCUCUUAUCAGCGUCAAGAAGACAUCGAGAACCUGUGUAAUUAAUGAUCCUGUGUUAAUUAUACUAAAAGUGGCUGUGUUUGCUGCAGGUGUGUGGCCAGGAACGAUGGCGACAGAGUCCCCGCGCCGCCCCAGCCGCUGCACUGGAGGAGUGGUGGUUCGCCCCCAAGCUGCCACGGAGCAGUCAUACAUGGAAAGUGUUGUUACCUUCCUCCAAGAUGUUGUGCCACAGGCCUACAGUGGAACCCCACCAGAAGAAAAGGAGAAAAUUGUCUGGGUCAGAUUUGAAAAUGCAGAUUUGAAUGAUACCUCCAGGAACAUGGAAUUCCAUGAAAUCCACAGCACUGGGAAUGAGCCCCCGUUGCUGCUGAUGAUUGGAUACACUGAUGGGAUGCAAGUCUGGAGCAUUCCUAUCAGUGGAGAGGCUCAGGAGCUGUUCUCAGUGCGCCCCGGGCCGGUGCGAGCGGCGCGGAUCCUGCCAGCCCCCCAGAUCAGUGCUCAGAAAUCYGAUAAUUUUGCUGAGAAGCGGCCUCUGCUUGGUGUGUGCAAAAGCAUUGGAUCUUCUGGGUAAGAAUUUUAUGUGUAUAAAAUAAAACAU